GGGACCGGCAAGCUUCAAGUUCCACGGUUUGGGGAACUCGAAGUGAACCAUACCUUGUAUGACACCAGCAAAUUCACAGAUGGCUUGAAUGGAGGCGGCCAUCCCGACCGUCUGACAAUAUGUGAGGUCUACAUGCUGCGUCUUAUGGAACGACUGACCGACAAGCCGAAUUGGGAACAGGAUAUUUUUGACGACAGGCUGGUCGCGCAGUGGUAUACUGAAUUGUCCGAUUCCAACCUGCAUUCAGAAUCCGAACCAAACUGCGAUGUUGAUAUGGAUCUCGUCUAUCCCCGAACAUGGGAAUGGUGCAUAUCUGAGCUUCGAGAUAAGGCGAUUGAGUUCCAUAAGACGGGCUAUGUGCUUACCUUUAAUGCUGAUUCUGGAGUCUGCAAGCCCGACACCCUGGUGGGAAUGAAGAAUGAAGAGCAGGAAGCCUUUGAACCGCUGCGCAACCAAGCAGCAUUUACAUCGAAAGAUCCGAAUCCAGUCAAGGACUUGGUCGACCCGUCCCUUUUCAUGCUAAUCUACGGCCGUACCGGCGUCCUUACCGAAGGGGGCCAAGUCACCAUGGCUAAUGGCGAUCUAUUGUACCCGACUAACGUCCCUAUCGCACCCGCUCGAACCCGUCCAUUCACUGUGGUUAGGACAGAAACAUGGAGUACACGGGAUGCGCAGAGCUUGCAUAAAUGGACUCACGACUUCCAGUGGUUGCCAUGCGAAGUCGAGUUCACUGGGCAGGACUCGGGAGUACGGAUCACAUCCUACAUCAAUAACCUCCACCCCAAACACCAACGGGCCUAUGCUGCAAUUGAGAAGUUGAUUUCCUUCAGCCUGGACCCGUGGAGUGAGGUUCUGGCUGAAUGGACAAGUUGCUAUCCGCCGCGCAUCAAGACCCGCGGAGUUGAAAAGGAUUACGAUUACCUCAAUGAUGAGACCUAUGUUCCCAUCCCUACCACGAACAGGAGUAUGAUGCCUACCGAACGCUGGAGGAAGUAUUGCUCCGACGCUUAUUAUACCCAGGUGAGGGAUUUCCUUGAUCAACCAGAGCCAGAUCUGAAGUAUCGGUUUUUGCAUCCGCAUCGAUCCGAUGCAGAGGGCAUGCCAGUGGACUCGACCCUGGCUGAGUACCUAUCGCAACUCUCGCACGACGAACUCGCACGUCUGAUCAACGAGAAAUACCAACGACUUCGCGCCUUUCGGUACCCAGAGCCUGGCAUCUCAUAUUCCUAUAAAGAGUGGAAACAAGGCAAGACAUCUCAACCAAUCGUCGAAAAGACACGCAUACUCUACCCCGAACCGGAUCACACCUACCAGACCCACUCUCUGCAGGACAAAUUCCGGGACAAGGGCUUGCAGGUCAUCAUCCGGAUCUCUAGCAUCGAACUCACCCCCGACAACCCAUCCUACGCCGGCGAUGACGAUUUCUCCAUCGCGGGCUUGAUGAACGAACACAUCGUGAGUAUAUCGCGAUACUACUACGACGUGGAAAAUCUCACCCCCGCCCGAAUCUCCUUCCAACAAGGGGAUGGGACUGAUGAGCGAUAUAUGCAAGGGGAGCCGAAUGCUCUGGAGAAGAUCUAUGGCCUUUCGCCCACCCCACGGCCCCGUCCUGACCCGCGAACCGCGGAACAUAAAGGCCUUCAUCGAAGACUUCAAACCCUGGGUUCGGUUUCCACUCGUGAAGGUCGGUUCCUGGCUUGGUCUAAUACUCUCCGAUCCAAAACACAACCAUUCUCGUUGAAAGAUAAAUCUCGUCCGGGCCACCAACGAUUCAUCGAUAUCUUGCUAGUGGAUCCCCACUACCGCAUUUGCUCGACCCGGAAUGUGCCCCCGCAGCAGAAUCACUGGUGGCGGGAAGUCGUCCAGGCUAGCACGCCACAUUUGCCCCCUGAGCUGAUGAUUCUGAUCAUGGAAGAGACGGAGUAUUGGCCUAUGGGCAUUGAGGAAGCCCAGGAAAGGAAAAAGAAGGCAGAAGUGGAGCUGGAGCAGGCCAGGAAAACGCAA